AUGUCUACUGCAGACUACGUCGCAAAGUACCCCCGCCGUCGUGCGCUCCUCGACACGGUGGACAAGUACUGGUUGGACGAGGCAUACCGUCCACCUGGGCAACUCGAGUCAUCCCUCAAGAAGCACACAACGCUCCUCAAUCGUCUCAAGGGUGCAUUACUCGUCGGCCCGUCGGACGCGAUCAUCAAGGAGAUUGACGGACUCGUGUUGACAAAGUACCUCGAGGAGAUUGUUGCAGCUGUCGUCGAAGGCGCGAGCCGUGGACGUGGCGACCCAGAGGCCGCUGUUGAAAUCAUUGUGCAUCUCCACAAGCGCCUCGCACCAGAAUUCCUCCCUCUCCUCCUUCCCCCUCUCCUCGCAGUACUGGCGCCCGCUGCCCCUCCAUCAAAAGACUCGAGUGAAAAGGAUCGCGAGAAAGAUGAAAAGGAGCGCAUUUCGCGUCAGCGUCCUGUACUUCGUAUCGUCGCCGAGCUGGCCAUGGUCGGAGCGUGGCCAGAGGGACCCACCAAAGGAGCCUCCGAAGUCGGCAAGGUUCUCAAGGGAUUGAUGACUGGUGACCCCCAGUACAGUAACAUCCCGGUUAUUACGAGCUUCUUGAAAGCGUUUGGUCGCGCCUUCCUCGGGCCUCAGCCUGCCAAGAACGGUGACGCUACGCCCGAGGAAGCGAGCCUGCCUGACGGCGUGGAAGAACUUGUCCCACCAGAGGUGCAGAAGAAGAUGCGCGAGCUCUUUGUCAACUAUUUUGAGACCACGAGCAAGACGCUCGUCAAGGGACAGAUUAAACUCCUUGAACAGGACAAACGCAACCACGACGCCUACAUCAAGUCGGGCGAGAUCUUCGAGGACCGUCAACACGCAUAUGAGCGCAUGACGCGUGCUGUGGAGCGCCUCACGACAGGUGUGCAGGGCCUUGCCGACCUCCUUGGCCUGAGCGCCCCCGUGCUUCCGACUGCCGCCUCGUUGAGCAAGUCUGGCCUGCAGAUCGUCAACACUGCAUCGUCAUUUACCGUCCGCGAGGAUGGCAUUGUCCCCGGAGGAAUUUGGGAUGACGAGGAAGAACGGCGGUUCUACGAGGACCUCCCCGACGUGGCCGACUUGGUUCCCCCUUCUCUCCUCGGUAUCAAGGAUAUCAAGAAGGAUGUCAAGGGAGAGAAGAGCGACGACGAGACCAAGGAGGGGUGGCAGGAAACGGAGGCGGAUGCUGAGGCUCAGCGUCGUGACGAGGAGGAUAUCCGUCGGCAGCUGGCCCAGCUAGAGUUGGAAACACCAGCUGAGGCUCCAGCCGAUGGUGCGGCCCUCGGUGCGCCGAUCGACCGCGUCCUCUCCGCUGUCUCAGAUUCCUCUGCCGUCCUGUCGCCUGUUAUUGGUGAUGACGAGACUCCUCCCACCGUCGUUGAAGCUGCGCCCGAGGACGACGCCCUCCAGUCGGGUCCUGCUGCGCGCCUCACAGCCCUGUUUGCUUCUCUCCCUCAAGCUGUCAACCGCGAAAUGGUGGAUAAGCUGGCCAUCGAGUUUGCUUCUCUGAACUCCAAGGCGGCGAGGAGACGUCUUGUGAAGUUCAUCACCUCUGUGCCGAAGAACCGCACAGACCUGCUGCCUCACUAUGCGCGCUUCGUUGCUAUUCUCGACAAGUACAUGCCAGAUGUCGGCCAGGGUAUCCUUGAGAGUCUUGACGAGGAGAUGCGCUACCUCCAGCGCAAGCGUACCAUUCGUGAACUGGACAGCAUGCGCCUGAAGUUUAAGGUGGCACGUCCGUACGCCAUUCUCCAUGUCCUCAAAGUCUUCCUCGACGACUUUAGGUUCAAUGUCGAGAACAUUGCCAACCUCUUGGAAACUUGCGGUCGCUUCCUUCUCCGCUACGAGGGCACGGCCGAGAUAUCCAAGAGCAUGAUCGAGUUGAUGAGGCGCAAGCAGAGCGCGAGCCAUCUGGACCAGAGGCUCAACAUUAUGCUUGAGAAUGCCUUCUACCAGUGCAACCCGCCGGAGCGCGUCGCCCGCGAAAUCAUCGAGCUCCCGCCCAUGCACGCCUUCAUCCAGCAUCUCCUCCACGAUGUGCUCAUGAAGCGCACGCAGGACAAGGUGCUCAAGCUGCUGCGCAAGAUUCACUGGGAGGAUGAGAGUGACUACCAAUACAUCUUGACAUCAUUUACCGACGUCUGGGAGCUCAAGUACGAGAACAUCGGCCUACUCGCCUGCCUCGUCUACGACCUCCAGCGUUACCACGUCGAGUUUGCCAUCGCAGUUGUGGACCAGGUCAUGGAGGACAUUCGCAUUGGCAUGGAGUUUAACCAACGCCGCGUGGCGUCGGUCAAGUACCUGGCCGAGCUGUACAUGUACCGUGUCGUCAACGCCGCUGUCAUCUUUGACGUCCUUUGGUCACUCCUCUCCUUUGGGCACCCCGAGGGCCUUCCUGUGCCCGGACGUGACAGCCCCAUCGACUCUGCUGAUGACUUUUUCCGUAUCCGCCUCGCCUGUGUCCUUCUUGACACUUGCGGAGUGUGCUUUGCAAAGGGCUCGCUCCGCCGCAAGCUCGAUCAGUACCUUGUUGUCCUCCAGUUGUACGCUCUGUGCAAGUCUGAGAUGCCCCUCGACGUCGAGUUUAUGCUCGACGACCUCCUCGAGACGUUGCGUCCAAAGGGUCGUCCUAAGGGUGUGAAGGACGGCACCAAGGUGGCGCGCUUGCGCACCUUCCCAGAGGCCGCUGCUGCUGUGGACGAGCUUCUCGCUACCAACUUGCCUGGCAUCAAUGACGAUGUCGACGAAGAGAGCGAGGACGAUGGCGACCGGAAUGCGGAUGAUGGAGAAGACGACGCUGAAGAGCCCACACCUGCCCCGAUGGCACGUUUAGAUGACGAUGACGACGAGGAAGAGGACGACGACCUGGUGGUCAUCCGCGAGCACAAGCCCGACGAGUUUGACGAGGCAGCCCAAGCCGACUUUGACCGCGAGUUUGCGCGCAUGCUCGCAGACACGACUGUCGAGCGCAAGGCCGCUCCUCCUAUCUUUGACCAGGCCGUCCCCGUGUUCCGCAAACGCCAGCCCAACGCUCCCGCCCCAGCGGCACCCAUCGAGGCAGACGAGAACAAGAUGCAGUUUAUGCUGCUGUCCAAGAAGGGCAACAAGUCUCAGGUCCGCUCUGUCGACAUUCCGGUCGACUCGACGAUUGCAAGCAAUGUCCGCACCCACCAGUUGGCCAGCAAGGCCGAGCAGGAGCAGCUCAAGCGCCUUGUCCUCCAGAACGAGCAGCGUCAGGAGAACGAGGGGCUCAUGGCCGUAGAGCAGUCGAUGCGCAACCGCGGUAUCAAAGUGCGUGUGAUCAACUCGGGAUAA